UCUCCCCAUAUCCUGCUUUGGGAAUAAUCUGAUGUGACUUGCUGGGAGGUGAUGGAGUCGGUGACAACCAGCAUUAUUAGAGAAUUGAAACAUUUUGGCUCUGUAUGGGUUAAUAAAACUGCUUUGAGAUCCUACACCAUUGUCUUUAAAGAUGAGAUUAUCCCAAUGAUUGUGAAUGGGAAGUAUUGCUGCCAUGUAAAUUAAUGAUGAAAGGCCUAAAAUGUACUCUUUUGCUUUUUCAUUUUUUAAAAUCCCUCCUUGCUAAGUGUGUUCUAACUGGGAAGGCCUCUUACGUGAUUCGAGCUGGUGGGGCAGGGGACACGGAGGUCAUUUCAACAAAGCAUCUAGGGAAAUUAGUUGCUCUGUUGCAGAGGUAGCAAGUCUUACCCAUCCCAGUUCAGCUUCAGAGUUUCUGAAUUGUUUCUUCAAUUAGAUUGUAAGCUCCCUGAGGGCAGCAACCAAGUCAUAAUGUUUUUGUAUUUCCUGAAGUAUUGGACACAUAGUAGAUACUCAAUAAAUACUUGUUAUUUAUUUUUUUCAGUAAAUUUUCUCUGGCUAUUUUUUUAAGGAGCUGGUUGUCAAAAUACAAUUAAGGGCACUCCUCUGUUGAAACUUGUAUUUGCUCCUGCAGUAUUCUUUUGGUCUUCAUUACUUCUCAUCCCACUUCCCUUAAGUAUUUUUAUUUUCUCAGAAAGGGUAACAAUACGCCUCACCUCCACUGUGAUAACUCUUGGGUAUUUGUCUCUGCUUGUUACUAAAAAACUACUAAUUCUGUGCCCUCAAGUGAUCUAUCCCAGAUCACUUACUUUUGACCUGUCGCUCAGUAUUGUUAUUACUGAGGUGGUAAAAUUCUUUAGUCACACAUUUCACAGGGAAGUGGAAAUUAACAGCAGAAGUGAUCAGGAGGAUUUUUUUCUUUUCUGGCUAAUUAUGUCUUUCUAAUAUACUUUUAUCCGAUUAGAUAGGUACGUGCAGUGGUUCAUACAUCUCUUCCUUCAGCUUAUAUUUGUGGUAUAACUCAUUUUCAAAAAUUGAUACUACAUGUGGAGUAGAAAGCAGUUAGGAUUUUUAAGUUACAAGAGUGGGUUGAGAAUGACUAUUUUGUGUUAGAAACUUCAUCUUGCAACCAAUUUUAAAACACAAUUGUUUUCUUGUAGUUUUAACUUUUUUCCUUUGUUGAUUUGGAUCCAUGGGGUGGUCGGUUAAACAACAUUUGUAUGUUUUAAAUUAUUGAAAUUUGUCUAAGAUGCCAGCCUGGGAAAAUGGACUAUUGUGUAGCAAAUAACCCUGUACUAGCUUGAGAUGUUUACAGGCCUUUGUGUGUACGUGCAUAUAGAGGGGGAAGAGGUAAUGGUUAAAAAUUAGCACUGAAGCUGCGUUAAAAAGAUCUUUGUUGGCGAUAGAGAAUGUAGUAGAAUUCUUCAUUCUUAAUGACCACAUCAAAAAAGACCUAUGCAACCUAUUGACACAACUUGGUGGUGAAGAAUUUAUCCACAGGAAAGUCAGCUUUCUCUGUGUCAUCCAAGAAACAGGUGAAAUUCGCUUCCCUAAUAGUUAAUCCUUACAUAUUUCUUUAGAACCUUCCCUGCUUCAAAAUCUAGCAGUGCUUUCUGGGCAGUCUAGAAUUACCCUGUAUAAUGUUGCAUUAAUGAAAAAAUACAUAAAAAUUUAUUUUCUUGUGAAGGGAAUAAAGCAAUGCAAAGUAACCUUUUAUUUUGAGCAUUUUACCACAUGAUGAAUGUUUUCUUUGUUUACUAAAUGCAGCAGCUGAGAUUGCAUUAUAAAACAGUAUGAAUGAAGGGAACUUGAAUUCAGUAGAAUCUUUGCUUGGUAGAAGUCUCUUAACAAAAACUCUUCUAGUUUUGGGAAAGCUGUUUGUGGUCUGUGUCUCUUUAAAGACUUGAAACAAUCCUGCAGACCUUAAUGUCUCAAGUUUAAAAUUAUUUCCUAGAUGCCCUUCCAAAUAAAACUUGGUGAUAGAUGUGUUUGGUUGGGGACAAAUUUGGGAUUCCUUGUAUAUUAAGGUGAGUGGAGAAGGGUAAUUAAAAUUCUGGUUAUUUGUAAAUGUCAAUGAAACCAACAGAAGCAGCUGUAAAAGCAGUAUGUUGGAAUUAUCCAGGAAACAGAUUCUGGACAGUCACUAGGGCUAAUACAUGCCCUGUUGAAGGCUGUUGUUUAAAAUCACAACAAAACAAAAACCCUAUAGCAUGCUAAGACAUGAAACUUGAACUUGUCCUUUCCUAAGUAGUGGAGGUCACAUGCAUUUGUGAAACAGUUGUGAGGUAGGUAAGGCUGUUUUCUUAGGUAGAUUGAAUUAUUAUGCUUUUAUUGGGGGGGGGGUGGUCAUAGGGAUGAAUCCAAGGCCUAGACUGAGCUGUGCCUCCAGCCCCUACAGUAUUGUAAAUACUUUGGAAUAUAGACAGUCUUGCUAUUUAGCCCAGGCUGGCCUCAAACUCACUAUCCUCCAAGCUCAGCCUCCCAAAUAUGCAAGAAGGCCUGGCUCCUGGAAAGGCAUUUAUUCCAGGCCUUUUAUCAAAGGACUUCAGAUACUUUGACUUGUAUAGAAGACUUGAUUGUUGCCAUUCUUUUGCUUGCUUUAAAGAUAACAGUAACCAAAUCAUGCCCCUAAUUUGUUUUUUAAAAAAAUACCACACAUGCUUUGUGCAUUUUUUGAGGGGAGGGAAUGCUGGGGCUCUAGUCCAGGGUGUUGUGCAUGCUGUGCAAAUGCUCUACCACUGAGGUACAUCCUCAGCCCUAUAAUUUCUUCUUGUAUAAAAAUGGACUAAUAGCUAUAGUUCCUUAAAGAAUUUAUCAAAUGAAAUGUCUCAAGAAUAAGUGUAUCUUCCUCCUCUCUUUGAAGAAAGCAAAGUAUGUGGUGGUGAAAGUGCUGAUAGAAGUUAAAAACAUUUUGCCUAUAUUUAAUAUCUAAACUCUUUUUCAAUUUUCAGUAUCCUACCUUGUAAAUACUGUUAUUUGUAUAUACUGUAAAUGAUGACGUCGGUGGGCACUAACCGAGCCCGGGGAAACUGGGAACAACCUCAAAACCAAAACCAGACACAGCACAAGCAGCGGCCACAGGCCACUGCAGAACAAAUUCGACUUGCACAGAUGAUUUCGGACCAUAAUGAUGCUGACUUUGAGGAGAAGGUGAAACAAUUGAUUGACAUUACAGGCAAGAACCAGGAUGAAUGUGUGAUUGCUUUACAUGACUGCAAUGGAGAUGUCAACAGAGCCAUCAAUGUUCUGCUGGAAGGAAACCCAGACACGCAUUCCUGGGAGAUGGUCGGGAAGAAGAAAGGAGUCUCAGGACAGAAGGACAGUGGCCAGACGGAAUCUAAUGAGGAAGGAAAAGAAAAUCGAGACAGAGACAGAGACUAUAGUCGGCGACGCGGCGGGCCACCAAGACGGGGGAGAGGUGCCAGCCGUGGACGAGAGUUUCGUGGUCAGGAAAAUGGAUUGGAUGGCACAAAAAGUGGAGGGCCUUCUGGAAGAGGCACAGAAAGAGGCAGAAGAGGCCGUGGCCGAGGCAGAGGUAGCUCUGGUAGGCGGGGAGGAAGAUUUUCUGCUCAAGGAAUGGGAACCUUUAACCCAGCUGAUUAUGCAGAGCCAGCCAAUACUGAUGAUAACUAUGGCAAUAACAGUGGCAACACGUGGAACAACACUGGUCACUUUGAACCAGAUGAUGGGACGAGACUUGAUUUCAUUGGGGUUGAGGGGUCAAAUUAUCCCCGAAAAUUUCAGACUGCUCCUGGUGCAUGGAGAACUGCAACAGAAGAGUGGGGAACUGAAGAUUGGAAUGAAGAUCUUUCUGAAACCAAGAUCUUCACUGCUUCUAAUGUGUCUUCAGUGCCUCUGCCUGCGGAGAAUGUGACAAUCACUGCUGGUCAGAGAAUUGAUCUUGCUGUUCUGUUGGGAAAGACACCGUCUUCAAUGGAGAAUGAUUCAUCGAACCUGGAUCCAUCACAGGCUCCUUCUUUGGCCCAGCCUCUAGUGUUCAGUAACUCAAAGCAGAGUGCUAUAUCACAGUCUGCUUCUGGGAACACGUUUUCUCAUCAUAGUAUGGUAAGCAUGUUGGGGAAAGGAUUUGGCGAUGUCGGUGAAGCUAAAGGUGGCAGUACUACAGGCUCCCAGUUCUUGGAGCAAUUCAAGACUGCUCAGGCCCUAGCUCAAUUGGCAGCUCAACAUUCUCAAUCUGGAAACACCACCACCUCCUCUUGGGACAUGGGCUCGACCACACAGUCACCAUCACUGGUGCAGUAUGAUUUGAAGAACCCAAAUGAUUCAACAGUGCACAGCCCCUUUACAAAGCGCCAGGCUUUCACCCCAUCUUCAACUAUGAUGGAGGUAUUCCUUCAGGAGAAGCCACCUGCAGUGGCUACCUCCACAGCUGCACCUCCGCCCCCCUCUUCUCCUCUACCAAGCAAAUCCACCUCGGCUCCACAGAUGUCUCCUGUGUCAUCAGACAACCAAUCUUCCAGUCCUCAGCCGGUUCAGCAAAAACUAAAACAGCAGAAGAAAAAAACCUCCUUGACUUCAAAGAUUCCUGCUUUGGCUGUGGAGAUGCCUGGCUCAGCAGAUAUCUCAGGGCUAAAUCUGCAGUUUGGGGCAUUGCAGUUUGGGUCAGAGCCUGUCCUUUCUGAUUAUGAGUCCACCCCCACCACGAGCGCCUCUUCAAGCCAGGCUCCAAGUAGCCUGUAUACCAGCACGACCAGUGAAUCUUCAUCUACAAUUUCAUCUAACCAGAGUCAGGAGUCUGGUUAUCAGAGCGGCCCAAUUCAGUCAACAACCUAUACCUCCCAAAACAAUGCUCAGGGCCCUCUAUAUGAACAGAGAUCCACGCAGACUCGGCGGUACCCCAGCUCCAUCUCUUCAUCACCCCAAAAGGACCUGACUCAGGCAAAGAAUGGCUUCAGUUCUGUGCAGGCCAUGCAGUUACAGACUCCGCAAUCUGUUGAAGGUGCUACAGGCUCUGCAGUGAAAUCUGACUCACCUUCCACUUCUAGUAUCCCUCCUCUCAAUGAAACGGUAUCUGCAACUUCCUUACUGACGACAACCAAUCAGCACUCGUCCUCCUUAAGUGGCUUGAGUCACAGUGAGGAGAUUCCAAAUACUACCACCACACAACAUAGCAGCACAUUAUCUACACAGCAGAAUACCCUUUCAUCAUCAACAUCUUCUGGGCGCACUUCGACAUCCACUCUUUUGCACACAAGUGUGGAGAGUGAGGCGAAUCUACAUUCUUCCUCCAGCACUUUCUCUACAACGUCCAGCACAGUCUCUGCACCUCCCCCAGUGGUCAGUGUCUCCUCCAGUCUCAAUAGUGGCAGUAGUCUGGGCCUUAGCCUAGGCAGCAACUCCACCGUUACAGCCUCAACUCGAAGCUCAGUUGCUACGACUUCAGGAAAAGCUCCUCCCAACCUCCCUCCUGGGGUCCCGCCGUUGUUGCCUAAUCCAUAUAUUAUGGCUCCAGGGCUGUUACAUGCUUACCCGCCACAAGUAUAUGGUUAUGAUGACUUGCAGAUGCUUCAGACAAGAUUUCCAUUGGAUUACUACAGUAUCCCGUUUCCCACACCUACCACUCCACUGACUGGGAGGGAUGGUAGCCUGGCCAGCAACCCUUAUUCUGGUGACCUCACCAAGUUUGGCCGUGGGGAUGCCUCCUCCCCAGCCCCGGCCACAACCUUGGCCCAACCCCAACAAAAUCAGACGCAGACUCACCACACCACGCAGCAGACAUUCCUGAACCCGGCGCUGCCUCCUGGCUACAGUUACACCAGCCUGCCAUACUACACAGGGGUCCCGGGCCUCCCCAGCACCUUCCAGUAUGGGCCUGCUGUGUUCCCUGUGGCUCCUACCUCUUCCAAGCAGCAUGGUGUGAAUGUCAGUGUGAACGCAUCAGCCACCCCUUUCCAACAACCGAGUGGAUAUGGGUCUCAUGGAUACAACACUGGAAGAAAAUAUCCACCCCCUUACAAGCAUUUCUGGACGGCUGAGAGCUAAUUUGGCCCAAGGCUGGGGGCUGUGUUUUGUGUGUGUGUAUAAAUUUGCACUGAAGUCUUGUUUCAGAAACCAAACCACUGAGGAGAGCCUGCUGAGCUGAGGCCAUGGGCUACGUGGCUUGGGGAAAUGAGUUGGUGGAUACCUUCUGGGCUUUUGAACUCGCCCCUCCCCUAUUUCCCUUUCCCCCAUGUGUCUGACCCUGUCUUACCCAUUUCAAGUUCAAGCGGUGCAGCACCUCCGAAGCAUCAAUGCACACACCUGCUGUUGCUUUUGAUUUCUGGAAGGCAUGUAGUUCCAACUUGUAACAAAAAUAUUUGUAGUCUUCAAUAAACUGUGGUAUUUCUUUAGCUAACUCUGGCGUUCUUUCCGUGCAUGUCUUUCUGGACACUAGGAACCAAUGUUGUAUUGUGGAUGAAGGGUGGAGGGUGGUCUUUUCAAUCAAACCCUUACAUAGCCAAAGAGCUGUUAGUGUUUCAGUACAGUGGUUUUUAAGGUGGGGGGAGGGAAAGAGCCUCAGUUUCCAUCAUGUUGAUUGGUUGGUAAAGAAAGCCAUUUGUAGAAAACCCUGGUCCCCCUUGCUUAUGUCUUUACUUUUCCAUUUAGAUCUUCCCCUUGCCUCUGACAUGAGCAGGAGGAAAAGGACAAAAAUGUUUAGAGUGUCAUAAUGGUGAAAGGUAAAAGAGAUACUGUUCAAAGCUGUUGUUAGGAAGUAUCUUCUGGGGCUUAAUUCCCACAUCUGAUUCCCAAAGCUGAUUGAGAUGAGAUAAAACCAUAAAUGAUCACAUUGUUGAUGACUCAGGCUUUGUGGAAACUCUUCUAGCCUGGAACAUUGUUCUUAGGCCUUUGAUGCCUUCAGAGAUUGUGGAUUAUUAGUUGUUUUGUACUUGUGGGUGUAGUUUAAGGAUGUGUGGGAGAUGUUUGGUCAGAUAUCCUGAUUAUGGAAAUUCUAAUCCCCACUUAAGUCCACUAACUAGUGUGCCAUUAGUAUUUUGUUUAGAGUGGUAACUUGAAUAGUGGGACCACCCUUGGUUAUUUGGAAAUCAAAGUAUUCAGCUGUCCUUCUAUUUGUCCUCAGCCCUCUGUAGUAAUUUUGUCCUGUGGAAUGUAACCCAAGUUUCCCAUGGAUUGCAGUGCUAGCAGAGGAGUCACAGUUCUCCCUACCACCCACAUUGUAUUGGGAGUGGGAUUGGGCAGGGCAUUUGAUGUUGGAAGGAAAGCAAGAGAACGCUAAUCUGAGGAUCUUUGUAAUAACUGUAGUGAAAGGUAGGAAAACCAAUAUCCAUUAAUUUCUAGAUUCUCUAAUGUUUACAUUGAAGCUAUUACAGAUACUACACGGUAUUCAGUAUUCUCUUUUUCAUGCAUUUCUAGUCCCUUCAACUCUACAUACAACUUAAGGCUUCUGGACUAGAACUGGUUUUUAGUUAGCCAAGAAUGAGAUAAGAUAGGGUUAUAUUAGAACUAAAUUUUUGCACAGCUCUAGGAUUAAGUUAAUAAUUUCUCUCAUUUUAUGUUGGCAGUCUAGCCUCGCUUUGCAAAGGUUAAUCAAACAAGCUGUGGGAGCCUUUGUAGUGAAAAUAAAUCAUUGUCUCUUUGGGCUUAUCUUUAAAAUGUUUUAUUCAGACAGAUCUUGUGCAUUCCAUUUCAGUUUCAAUUGUUCCACACAAACCUCACUAGCUUUAGCCUUUUCUGUAACUAAAUUCCAUAUGCCUGCUACCCAGUGUUUUUCCAGAUAGGCAGCUGGGGUUUGCAAAGGGAAAAAAUAUCCCUUAGCUCCUUAAAAGUUUCCUGCAUUGUUCCCGUCUUUUAAGUGCUUUCAAAGUAUAUAGUUGAUACUUUAGAGAUGGUAGAGUGUUUUUUCCUCGAUUGGUUUCUGUAGUUCUGUUUGUUUGAGGCAGGGUUUUACUGUAUAGCCCAGGUUGGCCUAAAACUCACAAUGUAGCCCAGGCUAGUUUUGAAAUCUCAGUCCUCCUGCCUCUGCCUCUGCCUCUGCCUCUCAAGUGCUGGGAUUACAGGUGUGUACCACCUUGCCUGGCUUGUAGUUUUUUUUCCUAGUUGGUGUUUGCUCUUCCCUGAAACUCUCUGGAUUUAAAACGUGGGAGGGUUUCCCAGAUGAAGAUGCCACUUCCUUUUCCUGUUUGUUUUUUUUGGUGCUAGGGCUCAAACCCAGGGUCUCAUACUUAUUUGCCAAGUGCUCUACCAUUGAGCUAAAUCCCCAACCCCUCUCUUCUAUUGGGAAGAUUCUAACGUGAUUAUCCCAUGUGAACAUAACUUCUGAAGGCUGCCUUUGUCUUAAUCGGUUAGAUUUGGGUUCUGGAGUUUGAAGUGGGGACUGCUGUUGAGUUAUGAGUGAGUGGAAGAUUAUCUAAUUUGUUAUUUGGUCACUACUACAGUACUUCUAAAAAACUUCCAUGAAAGUGCUCCUAAUAUCAGAAGGAAUAUGUACCUCUGACAGGAAGUAUCCAAGGCCAUAGACAGAAAUGUAAUUUUUCUGAUUUCAUUUUAUCUUCAUGAGAACUAACGUCUUUUAAAAAUCAUGAUUUAAUUUCUUAGUUAAAUUACUUAUUUCUCAAAUCUUUAAAUGUGUCUAACUAGAUUAUCCCAUGGCUUUUCCUAUCUCCUUGGUCCAUUACCCCAUAUUCCAAGAGGAAUAGUGUAGUAAUAUGUAUUUUAGUUUGAGGAGAACAAAAUAAAAUGAAGGGUUAAUACUACUUUUGUUUCCUUAAUGCUGUAAUGGUAAUAGGGAAUUUUUCAACAGGAAACAUGAGUUGGGGUAUGGGUGAGUUUCAGUUUCAUAGAGAAGCUGAAGUUGUAACAUAAAUGAUGUACAGUUUCUGUGUUCUACAUAGGUUAUAGGAGAUAGUCUAUGCCAUCAGUUCUUGGCCUUUUGGCUGAGAUCAAGUGUAGGAGAUAGUCUCUCCCUUCCUAUCUCUUCCCCCUCCUCCACACUGCUGAAGUUGUGUAAAUGGAAAUUCAUCUUUGUGCCACCAGUCCCUUUAAAUUAUACGGACAUAGCCUAGAAACUCCAUGAUUUGGAGAGGCUAGACUAAGUGAUUUAAGGCUCUGAGAAUAAGAAUACGCUUAUGGACUGAAAUGGACUGCUUCUGUACCUUCAAAAGUGUUGCUUGGACGGAAGGUGUGGCUCAAGUGGUAGAGUGCCUGAGUUCGAACUCCAGUCCCAUCAAAAAGAACUUCAGAACAGAAAGAGCUAGACUACUCAAGUCUUCAGGG